GUGUGCCUUCUGUCUCUCUCCGACUUUCUCAUUUUCUUCUCACUCUUUUCAGUCUCCGUGUCAUUCAAGUCCCCAGACUGUGACAAUUGAGACAAGCACCCCAUAUUUGUGAAUUGGUGGCCCUUUGGAGGGUAUGGACAGAAUGGGGGACGCGUACUCAGCAGAAGCGCUGGAGCGUCUAGGUCGAAAGAGACCGGUCAUCUUUCCCAAUCUGACGUCUGAACUGGGAUUCUGCUUCUCGCUGUUCCUGUCUCAGAUAAUGGCGGAAUACUUUAUCUCCGGCUUCAACGUUCUGCUGCCAUCGUUAGCCGACAGCCUGGAUAUUCCCGAAGGCUCAUCGAGCUGGCCAUCAAGUGCCUUUGCCCUCACGGCUGGCAGCUCGCUGCUCUUCUUUGGCCGCUUGGCCGACAAAUAUGGCGGUUUCGUGGUGUUUGUGGGGGGGUUGACCUGGCACCUCAUAUGGUCUCUGGUGGCUGGCUUCGCGAAGAACGCGCUUAUGAUGUACUUCUGUCGAGCAUUGCAGGGCUUUGGUCCUGCCGCCUUCCUGUCAGCAGGAAUAAUGCUCUUGGGGUCAACCUAUCGACCUGGCUGGCGCAAGAACCUGGUGUUCAGCAUCUAUGGCGCCUGCGCACCUAUUGGAUUUGUUGUCGGAAUUUUUGUAUCAGGCAUGACGGGACAGUUUCUCGACUGGCGGUGGUAUUUCUGGAUCGGUACAAUGCUGCUGUUCCUGGCUCUCGUCACUGCCGUCGUCUCCGUGCCCGCCAGCAUCCGCCGCAAGCCUCCGCACCCAAACAUUGCCAUGGACUGGGCCGGCGCGGUGCUCUUCUUUAGCAGCCUCAUCCUGAUCUUCUUCGCCAUCAACGAGUGCGGCCAUGCCCCGGACAGAUGGGAGACGCCCUACGUGUAUGUCACAUUCAUUGUCGGCAGUCUGCUGUUGAUAGCCACGCUCUAUGUCGAAAGCCGGGUAGCCGCGCAGCCGCUCCUUCCACCGAAUCUGUUUCGAGUCCCACAGCUCACGCCGCUCUGCGUGGCACUGUUCUGUUUCUAUGGCGUGUUUGGAAUAUGGCUGCUAUACUGUGUCGAGUACAUGGAGAACAUCAUGCACGUGUCGCCCCUGCUGGUAGUAGCGUACUUCGUGCCGUUCGCGGUGGGGGGAAUCUUCUUCAGUAUUUUAGGCGGCAUGUUUCUACACGUCAUCCCCGGGACGAUGCUUCUAGCGCUCUCAGGGAUCGGGUGGAUGCUGGCGCCGCUGCUGUUUGCCAUCAUGCCUCACGACGUCGGGUACUGGCCCUAUGUUUUCCCCGCCAUGAUCUGCGGUACACUGGGAAUAGACGUCACUUAUAAUGUCACUAAUGUGUUUGUGACUACCUGUUUGCCGGAGAAACAACAGGGACUCGCUGCUGCUGUUGCGAAUAGUGUCUUGUUUUUGGGUAUAAGUUUCUGGCUUGGUUGGGGAGAUUUUACCUCCUCUCAGGUGUCGGGGAGCUUGAGGGAGAGGUACCAGGCUGCGCUCUGGCUGGGUGUUGCCCUGGCAGGACUGGGGUUGGUCAUCCUAGUGCUCUUUGUGAAGAUUGAUCCGGCGAAGAGUGAGGCGACAGUGGAUGAGAAGCAGGAAAAGGUUGGUGGGGAGGUGCCGAAAGAGAGAAUGGAGGUGGGAGGGGAUGAACAGGGGUAAACAUUGUUUGAUGCUUGUGAACUGGAAAUCAGCUCGGUGGUUAGUUCUCCUUGCAAAAGCCUAUAUUUCUCGCGACAUUAAACCGUCAAGCCCGGAAAU